CCGAAUCAUCCGUCGGUACAGAGGAACAAACGGUGCCGCCGUCAGUCAGUCAGUCAGUCUGCAUCAUCCAGCCAGACGAAACGGUGGAUCCUUUGUGGCGGGUAUCCUUUUACGCGCGAGUUCCGACUUCCGUCCAAGCGCGACUAGACAAGCUGACGUCGACUUUGUCGACCUCCUUUGCUUCGUGCCGUUCGUCGUGUGUCGCGCCGGGUUGUCCGUUUUUGUUUUGGUCCGCUGGUUCGUCGCGUGGUUUUGUCGCAACGAGGUCGACAACCAGUCCGACAUUGUCGGGCGAUUGGCGGGAUAAGUGGGAGGCAGGUGUCGGCGGGAUUAGUGGUGUGAAUUUUAGAAUGUGGUGAUAAUUGGUGGAUGAUUGGAGUGUGGGUUGGACCGGGAAACAAGCUCGUCGACAGAGCGGUACCGGCUGUUGAUUAAUUAUCCGUGGUCGGUGGCGCUGGUUAUGCCUGAUAAGCCGAAAUCGAUUUACAACUUGGGCAACGUUUGUUUGUGUGUGGGCGGGGUAAUAAUGGGGAAAGUGUGUUAAUUAAAAUUCCGUGUCCGUCGUUCCGCCCUCUACGUUGUCGCGCCCCCUCCUGAAAGUAUGCAACAAUAGUAAUUAAUUAAAAUUUCAUGAGAAAAACAGAUUUUUAACCUCGGAACGUAAUUUAUGUGCGAACAAUGAGCGCGACCGUGUUGUUUGGCAUUCUGUGCGGGGUCCUGACCGUGACCAGCGCUUCCCCGGACGGUUACCUGAAAAUGUUUCCCUCCGUGCAACAGUCCCAGUACGAUCCGUGCUACGACGAAGACCGACCCCGGCGCUGCGUUCCGGACUUUGUGAACGCCGCCUUCGGGGUCCCCAUCGUGGCGUCCUCCACCUGCGGCCUCCGCGGACCCGUUGAAGUCUGCGACAGUCCGGAGCUGCUCGGUCCGUGUCACCAGUGCGAUGACUCCGUCCCGCGCAAACGCUUCCCCGCCUCCGCCCUAACCGACGUCAACAACUCCAACAACGUCACCUGCUGGCGCUCGGAACCCUUCCCAACCCCGCUCGGCAUCAACGAACCCCCGGACAACGUCUCCCUCACGCUAUCCCUCGGCAAAAAGUACGAACUAACGUACGUCAGCUUGACCUUCUGUCCGGGAGCCGUCAAACCGGACUCCAUGGCGAUCUACAAAAGCGCCGACUUUGGCAAAACCUGGCAACCCUUCCAGUUCUACAGCUCCCAGUGCCGUCGGGUCUACGGCCGUCCAAACCGCGCCACCAUCACCAAGUCCAACGAGCAGGAAGCCCGCUGCACCGACGCCCACCGUCACAUGGGCGAAUCCACCGGCAUCCAAGGCUCCCGGAUCGCCUUCAGCACCCUCGAAGGUCGCCCCUCCGCCUCCGACUUCGACUCCUCCCCCGUCCUCCAGGACUGGGUCACCGCCACCGACAUCCGCAUCGUCUUCCACCGGCUCCAAAUGCCCCAGGAGUCCAUCGAAGACCUGCUCCUCCUAGGUUCCCCCCAAGUCCCGCCCUCCUUCCGGCAGUACAAAAACUCGCUGGAAAAUGACAGCUCGACGAUCGCCACCUCGAGCCCGCCGACGCUCACCCACCACUACGCGGUGUCGGACUUUGCCGUGGGCGGGCGCUGCAAGUGCAACGGGCACGGGUCAAAGUGCGUGACGGGGCGGGACGGGGAGCUGGCCUGCGACUGCAAGCACAACACGGCCGGCAGGGACUGUGAGCGCUGCAAGCCGUUCCACUUUGAUAGGCCGUGGGGGCGGGCGAACGCAAGGGAAUCGAACGAGUGUAAAGUGUGCAACUGCAACGGGCACGCACGGCGCUGCCGCUUCAACAUGGAGCUGUUCAAGAUGAGCGGCCGGAUCUCCGGGGGCGUCUGUCUCAACUGCCGGCACGCGACCACCGGCCGGCACUGCCACUACUGCCGCGAGGGCUACUACCGGGACGCCACCAAGCCGAUCACGCACCGGAAGGUGUGCAAGCCAUGCGACUGUCAUCCGAUCGGAUCCUCGGGAAAAACGUGUAACCACACAACUGGCCAGUGUCCCUGCAAGGACGGCGUCACCGGACUGACCUGCAAUCGAUGUGCCCGAGGUUACCAGCAAAGUCGGUCACACAUUGCCCCCUGCAUAAAAAUCCCACGGGUCAUCAGUAUGGUCCAUCCACAGAAUACGGCACCGGAUCCGCAGCGGCACGAUCCGGACGAACCUUCCUACCGCACGGACGCCGGAAGGGAGUGCGGAAAGUGCAGAAUCGGCACCAAGCGGCUAAAUCUAAACAAGUUCUGCAAAAGAGAUUACGUAAUAAUGGCCAAGGUGACAGCAAAGGACACGAAGCCCGACAACGGAAACCUAAAAAGCAGCAGCAGCAUCACCACAAACACAAACAGCCAGAACAGUUACAGCCACAGCAGCAACGACGCAACGGCGGUGGUAAAGUUCACGCUAAGCGUCCAAAAGGUGUUCAAGCGGAGCCCCAGCCCCGGCAGCCCGCUGUCGGUAGCGCUGAGAAGGUCGUCCCAGCACGUAACCCUCGUCGUGGACGUCCAAGAUCUCGAGUGCCGCUGCCCAAAAAUUCGAGUGAAUAAGUCCUAUCUGAUCCUGGGUCGGGACACCGAGGGACCACCGGGAGCGCUCGGCAUCGGGCCGCGUUCGAUCGUCAUCGAGUGGCGUGACGAAUGGCACCGACGGCUAAGGAAAUUUCAACGACAGGCAGUCCACACAUGCCACCACUGAUCACACAACAACGACGACGUCGACGAAGCAGACGAGAUUUUGCAACAAUAGUCGAUUAAGAUAUAUAUUUAUUGAUUAAAGUAAUAAAUUAUCGCUAAAUUAUGUAAGAUCUGCGCUUUGCGAUCCUUCCCAAACCUUCCGGAACAGGCCGGAAUCUUCUUCGUACGCACCAAAUGCUAAAUAACCCCCUUCCCUGUCGGUCCAGGGAACAGAUUUAUGGCAAGACUUGUCCAAGAUUUAUGCAUCGAUUCUGUUUUCCCACGUGUGACGACGAAACACACGACGGUGAUGUUCCACUACUAACAUUCCUACCCUUCCCCUUACUUAGAUCGUUUCCAAGUAGCCAUGGUAGCAGCAAAUCUCAAGACGUUGUAAAUCUCUCAAAUGUAUAACCUAACAAGCAACAAACAUCUACUUGUAUAUCAUUGCCAAUCGUUACUUUUACCAGUCACACACACUCUAGUAGUAGUAGUAGACGUAAGUUAGUACCUCUUAUUACGAAAGGAUAUUUAUGUGAUUUGUUGAUCGUUGAAGUUUCCUUAGCUCUCGUAGAUGCCACUAGACUCGCUCCCUACAACACACUUCCUAACUAAUUGUAGAACGCGCAAAAAGAAUAAUAAAAAAACACGUGUCGCCAUAUCAAAGCAGUAUUUUUUACCAGUUAAGAAAAAUUCGUGUGAUCAUUAAAUACUUAACAAAAAAAAACUCACUCACUUUUAAACUGUAAGAUACUUGAUAAGCGGUAUGUGAAAGAAACACAAAAAUAAACCAUUUUGACGACAAGCUGAAGUUUUUUU